GGUGGUCUCCAUCAACAUGGUUAAUGAUUUCGAAAAAUAAGCAAUGUUCAUCAACCCCAAACAACCAAUUUCAAACAAGAAUGUAAUAGAGUGAAAAGGUUUACUUACAGGUUAAUUUAGACAAGAAUAAAACUUCUCUCCAGGCCGAGAACCCCUUUUAGCCACCUGCAAUUUCGCCAUAUACCCAUGCUCACAUCUAACCUAUUAUUCCAAUUUGAAGCUCUACUAUGAGUGGCGAAACAAUUGGAGUUCAUAUUCUCAGAAGUAAAAAAAAAUAAAACUUGUGUUAGGGUUAAGGAAAUAGGUGAAGAAGAAGAAUAAAAAUGAAGAAAGUAGGUGAAGAAGACGAAGAAUAAGAAUGAAGAAAGUUAGAGUUAAGGAAGAAGAUGAGUGAACAAGAUGAAGACAUAAAAAGAAAUGACAAAAACACCUGCAACGACUAGUUUGUAACCCGCAUUAGCCGGUUGUUUUUUUUGGGGUGAUACGAGCAAAAAUAGUAGAAAGGUAGGAUUAUUCAUAAAUAAUCGAUAGUACGGAUUAUUGACAGCGCUUCGUCAAUAGAUAAAAUUAUUUCCGACAAAUUUUUCCCGAUUUUUAUUGAAUAAGAGCGAGGCGAGGGAAUGAUUGUCCAUUUGCGUUGAAUUUACCUCCCCACUAAACUUGUUUCUAGGUAAAUUCUUUGAUUUUUUGUCAAAUCUUCCAGUGUAAUUGCCUUAAAUUUUCGAUUCACAAAUCGAUACUAUGUUACAUUGAAUUUUACGAUUCAGUAAUUCAUAAAUAUCAAACAAUUCGGAUACAUAUGCUGCAUAUUCGUUCGCUUUUGCAUUCCAAGAUCAUAGUGCUAAAAUGAGUUUUUUAUAAUGGUUACGUGUUAAGAUGAAUAUAUAUAUUACCGUUUCAUUUGAAUGAAAUCCCUGAAUGAUAGAUUGAUGGGACCCGAUUCCUGCAAAUUUUGGAUGGAAUGACUGGAAAACUGUGAGGGAAAGGGGGACCCAAAUCACUGAAGAUGCCGUCUCUAGUUUUGUAAUUUUUAUAGACAGAAUAACGCGUGUUCGUUGAACUUAAAUUCAUACAUUGAGAUUUAGAUUGAUACUAACUAUAGAGAUGAAUUCUUGUGUCUUGCUAGUUGUUAGUAAGGAUCAUAGUGCAAAAUCUUGAAUGCCAAAUUGGUAGUGAUAACUGAUAACUGUCAAGCCCAUCAGUGCGAAUGGAUUUGCAGUUAUCUGCCUUAAUUUUGGUUAAUGACCUAAACCUUAAGGCGAAGGUUGUAGGCCCAGAAUAUCUUAUAUAUUCUAUGAUUCUAUCAUGCCGCCUUACACAAAAGCGUUUUGGGCAAGAAGUGUAUAUGGCUCUAAAUACUUCAUUUGAAAUAGUGAGGGGUGAACGAGAUUUGAAUUUCUUACCUUUUAUCGCGUUGGAUUAUGAUACUACGUCAAGAAACUAAGUCACUCAAAGUUUAAGUCAACGGUUGUAGCCGCAUGAUAUAUUAUGUAUUUUAUCGGUGGUAUGCUCAAGAAUCUUUACAAUAUGGUCACAUUAUGCUAAUGUUGGUGAUGUUUUGCACAGUGGUAUGGAGAGAGUCCCCCCAGCCCUGUUUGGCUGUUUGUCAGUUUUGGGUUGGAUGUGGGGGACCUCAUUGUAGACUCUAGUUUGGCUGCACUCUAUCUGCUUAUGCUUGAGACAUGGAUCAAUGGUCAUUAUUCGCCCACAUUUUGAUGCUCCUAUCUUUUUAUACUUAACUUCAUCCUCUCACCAUCUUACUCUAUAGACUAUAAUCCUUUACCUCCCCUGAGGAUUAGAUUAGCCUCACAAAUAUCGUAACUUCAAUGGCAGCACCUACAAUGCUUGCUAACAUGGUGCUUUUGGUGUUGGUGACGGCCUUAUUUGCGUCUUUGCUUGUUAACCCAGUUAUUGGUUUGCAUACAAAGGGAAAAGAACGUCAAAUUGUGGCUAAUGUAAACCUAUCAGCAAGGAAAUUACAGCUUAAGAGAAAGUUGAUAGGAUCAACAGCACCAACAUGUACGUAUAAUGAGUGCAGGGGAUGCAAAUACAGAUGCCGAGCUGAACAGAUUCCAGUGGACAGCAAUGACCCUUUAAACAGUGCAUAUCGUUACAAAUGUGUUUGUCAUAGGUGAAUGCCAAUGCUCAAUGGUGAUUUUGUCAGUUUUUGUGCUAAAUUUUGUAGUUAUUUAUAGUUAGUCUUAAGAGGGGGUGGGGCCCACUCCUACUUUUAUUGCAUUUGCUCCCACCCAUGUGUGCAAGGAGUAGGAUGGUGCCCCAGAUGCCAGAUGUGCUUACAUUUUCCCCAUUUGUAACUUCACUUUAUUUCUAUUUGUAUUACUAUUUACUAUGCUAUAAUUGGGAUGAGCCCUGUUAAAUAAUUAAA